AUGAGGGAGAGAGGGAAAGAGAGCCGCAUCGACGACGACCUGGGGCGCACACACGAGUUGGAACACUCGGCCAUCAAGUGCAUGCGAGGCAUCCUCUACUGUUACAUGAGACAGGCAGACAAGGUGGAACAGUUCAAACAGGACCCCAGCCCCUCCAAGUGUCUCCACUCCAUGUUCCACGUGGACACGGGCGAUGAGAUCCAGGACUACAGCCAGUAUCACCACCUGCAGAUCGACGCCGUGUCUCUGUUCCUGCUCUACCUGGUGGAGAUGAUCUGCUCGGGCCUGCAGAUCAUCUACAACACCGACGAGGUGGCUUUCAUCCAGAACCUGGUGUUCUGUGUGGAAAGAGCCUACAGGGUGCCAGACUACGGCAUGUGGGAGCGAGGCAGCAAGUACAACAACGGCAGCACGGAGCUGCAUUCAAGUUCUGUGGGUUUGGCCAAAGCUGCUCUGGAGGCCAUCAAUGGAUUCAACCUGUUUGGGAACCAGGGCUGCUCGUGGUCGGUGAUCUUCGUGGACCUGGACGCCCACAACAGGAACCGACAAACCCUUUGCUCCCUGCUGCCCCGAGAGUCUCGCUCCCACGUGAGUCCGGCCGCCCACUCUUGUGAGGCCGAUUGUCCGAUUACACCUCGAUAAAAGUGUCAAUGAAUG